AUGGCUUACCGAGGCGAUCGAGGAGGACGUGGCCGUGGUGGUCAGUCCGGCCCUCCACGUGGAGGUUUUGACUCUAGGGGUCGUGGAGAUUUCAGAGGAAGGGGAGGACCUCCUCGAGGUGGAGGUGGUGGCCGUGGCGGCGGCGGCGGUGCUGGUCGCGGAGGAGUCUUCAAUCCUGGACCAGUGGAUAUUGAUGCCCGUCUCAAAGACAACUCACAAGAUGCGCUCGUCCAGUCGAUGAAGUCGUUGACCAUCAAGCCAAACGAGCUACCCCUACGUCCCAAUUUCGGGACAGCAGGGACCCCAAUCAAGUUACGGGCCAACUUCUUCCCAAUCAAGGUUCCAAAGGGACCUUUCUACGAGUACGAGGUGUCGAUUUCACCAGUGGCUGGCACAGCUAUCCGUCGAGUGAAGCGGCGAAUCUUCCAGCUUGCUGAACAAUCUCCCCAAUGGGCAGCAUCUGGCCUUCGGGGCAACGUUGCACAUGAUCAUUCCAGUAAGCUAAUCGCAGCAAAGAAGCUUCCGCAACCCAUUUCGAUUCCUGUCCCGUUCUACGACGAAGACGAACAGGGACCAAAGCAAGGCGGGAAACAAUACACACUUACGAUCGAGUAUCAGCGUGACAUAGAAUUUCAGAGUUUGAUGCAGUACCUGAGGGGUGACGUGCAAUACCGCGAUUACGAUAUCAAUCCUAUUCUCGCCGCUAUGAAUGUUAUUCUUGCGGCUCACCCGAAUCGUUCGGGUGGUACAGGUGUCAUGGUAGGACGAAACCGCUUCUUCUUCCGCUCGCCAGGCGAAUCAAUCAGCCUGGGUGGAGGCCUCGAAGCAUGGAAAGGCUUCUAUUCUUCUGUUCGCCCUGCCCACAACCAACUGAUGGUGAACGUGAACGUUUGUACCACCGCCUUCUAUCAACCCGGGAAUCUCGCUCAAGCGAUGACCGCAUUUAGGGAUGCGAGUUUUGGUGCCCGUCCUGCUGCUUUCGUCAAAGGCGUCAGGGUGAAGGCGACGCACCUGGGAUACAGAAAGACAGUCAAAGCCUUGUCCAAUAAGACUGCAAGGCAACACACAUUUGUAGCGGCAGACCUGGGCGGGGAGGUAACAGUGGAGCAGUAUUUCCAGAGAAGUAAAUUAUUUAAUUUCUUGAAAUUCACAAAGUUGACAUAUUUCCUUUUCGCAGAGUACAACCUGAGGUUGCAAUACCCCGAUAUGCCACUCGUUGAUGUAGGUGGACAGAAGUCAAACCUCCUCCCUCCCGAACUCUGCGAAAUAUUGCCAAACCAACCCUUCCGUGGCAAACUCACAGACGAGCACACGGCGGCGAUGAUCACAGCAGCAGCCAAGCCACCCAAUAUCAACGCUCAAUCCAUCACUGGACGAGGCCUUGAUGAACUCGGCUUUAGACAGGGGGCAGAUCCCCUUGGUGCUUUUAGAGUCGCCAUCGGGACUGAGAUGACAGUUGUUCCUGGUCGAAUCCUCCCUUCUCCGGGAGUUCAAUAUGGUCAGGGAACUCCUGAAGUUGACGAUCGCGCCAGCUGGAACUUGAGAAACGUGAAGUUCAAGAAGGGGGCGCGUCUAGAGAAUUGGGCGGUCCUGGUGAUCCGCGAUGGGAACAGGGAUGAAUUCCAAAGUCUCCAGGACCCCGAGUUGAAGAGCACGUACAAGGGAUUUGCUGAUAUGUGCAGAAAGAGUGGGAUGAAUGUUGACCAAAAGGACCCAGCAGUCAUAGAAGCAAAACUUCCACCAAAGAAUUUCGCAGAUCCCACGAGAGCUCAGGCGAUUGGUGUCAUUCGGAACGCUUUGACGACGCUUAAGGCAAAACCUACGAUUGUGUUGGUCAUCCUAUCAAACGGCGACAAGCAUGUAUACUCUGGGUUGAAGCAUCUUUGUGAUUGCUACCUUGAUCUAGCGACCGUCUGCGUCCAUUCGAGCAAGAUUCGGAAAGAGAAAGGUCAAUUGCAGUACUUCGCCAAUGUUGCGCUUAAAUUCAACAUGAAGUUGGGCGGUGUCAACCACGCCUUGAAUGCAGCCAACAUGGCGUGGUUAAAGAAAGCGCCGACCAUGCUUGUUGGAAUCGACGUUACCCACCCUGGACCAGGCAGCGUGAAAGGAACCCCUUCCAUCGCAGCUGUUGUUGCUAGCUGUGAGUCCGACUUUGCGCAGUAUCCUGCCAGUAUGGAAAUACAGGAAACCAAGAAAGAGAUGGUGACCAAUCUCGCCAAGAUGAUGUGGGAGCGCCUCACAUUAUUCAAGGCGAAAAACAAUGUACUGCCGCAACGCGUGCUGGUGUAUCGUGACGGAGUAUCAGAGGGUCAAUUCCUUAUUGUUAUUGAGCAAGAGUUGCCUGCAAUCAAGGAAGCGUUCAAGAAGUUUGAUACCCCCAAAGCGCCUUACCGUCCCCAGCUUACCAUAGUCAUCUGCGGCAAAAGGCAUCAUACGCGAUUUUACCCGACAGAGGGGGCGCACGCUGACCACAAUGGGAAUCCCCGUCCUGGGACGGUGGUGGAUCGUGGAGUCACCGCGGUUUAUCAGUAUGACUUUUUCUUACAAGCUCACGGUGGUCUGCAGGGCACCACUCGACCUACCCACUAUUACGUUGUUCAUGACGAAAUCGGCUUCAUGGCUGACGAGCUCCAGUCUCUCACCAAUUCCGUCAGCUACAUGUUCGCUCGCGCUACCAAAGCCGUCAGCUUGGUUUCCCCUGCUUAUUACGCAGAUCUCGCUUGUGAGAGGGGGCGGUGUUACCUGCACAAGCUGUUGCAUGGCAUUACCAGUAGCGGUGGAUCAUCAUCGAGCAGCGGUAAUGAAGAGGCGGUCAUGCGAGAGGCGGCUCAAUCCUGGAAUAAUGGUGUCAGCAAUCGGUUGAAGGAUACCAUGUUUUAUCUGUGA